AUGUUUUCUUGUGGGGAGUGGCUCGAACCUGACAACUUUGAAGAAGAUCGAUCUUUUAUUGGCCUUCUCUUCUGGAAGCCAGGCCUACAGGCCAAUAUACAUGGUCUCGAAGAUUGCAUCGCGGAGCUUGUCAAAGGUGCAGACGUGAUCUCGGUAUACACGAACCGGCUUCGUCAAGUGUCCUCCGAAAAUUGUCUUCUUUCAGACUCUGAGCUGUCUGAACUAUUCCAUCCUCUUUUCCAGACACCUGUAAAGCCCGCAUACACAGUGAGUAAUACCCCAGGCCCUGAUAAGGUCAAUGUGGAAUCUGUGAAACAGGCACACAGAAACGAGCGUAUUGCCUGUGGACCUGCGGGUUGUUGGUACACGAUGGGAAAGAUUACUCAAUAUCAUUUAUACACGCAGAGGAACUCUGGGUUGAAACAUCGUAUGGAAUGGAUCUCGUUUCGCACCGAGCUUAAUCCACGGAUGGAUGCUCUAUUUGACAAUCUUCGAAGAAAACUCUGGGAAAUGGGAGAAUGUCCUUACCUUCGUUGGGGCGAAUGUCCUUUCCUCCGUUGGGGCAAAGAGAAGGGGAACGAGAAAGUAGGAAACAGCGAUAGAUUUUCAUUAUUCAUAGGGUGUAGUGUGGAACCAAAUAUCCCAGCAGAAAAAAGGGACGCAUUUCUAGCAAAACUCCAACAGGUUAUUCAAGAAUUCUUCGAUUGCUGUGGAAAUUCUAUACAGGACUUCUCAUAUAGAAGGAUUUGCUCUCCAAUCUGGUUUGCUGGAGAGAAUAUUGACAUCACCAUUUUUGAUGUAUCAGAGAACGAGUACGACCAACUGUCAUUUGAAUACGCCAUGGCAAAUUAUGAGCACCCUUGGAAUGCUGUAAUGCCUAUAGCUCGAGGGUGGCUGAUUGACAAGUCUUCAGUGCAAUUUAUGUCAAUCUUCAAAUCAGAGAGGGAUGGGGCCAUAGAGGAGUGGUACAACGAAUUUGCCCAACGAGCUCCAACAGAGUAUUGUCGCUUAGGUCACAUUGUUGAUUGGCUGCAGACUUUAUGCACGCGCAUCACUCGUCGGCAUGUGGUUUUUGAGAAAAUAGAUCCUUGGAUGCCAGAAUCAGAACAAACAAAGAAUUUGGCGGGGAGGAAG